AUGCUUCCACAGGACAGGGGAAUUCACACCAUAAACGCAAAUGUGGAUUUGGAAGACGGUGAUGGAGGAGGGCUGCGCCUAGCCGCUGGAGGUGUCACCAAACGCGGCUUGGACUCGAGGAGUUUACCGCAGCAUCGAAGUCGGAGGGGUACCGGAGACAUAACCAUGCCCAAGGUGUACGGCCAGGCCAAUCUCAAUGACUCCCAUAAUCAGAUGGUCGUACACUGGGCUGGGGAAAAGAGCAACGUGAUCGUAGCCUUGGCCCGAGACAGUGCUGGAGCCACGGGUCCCAAAACCAGCUCAGUCUAUGUCUCCUACGACUACGGAACUACUUUUGCCCUUGUGUCGGAGAAGUUUCAACUAACUGGGUCCAAAGCUAAAGAUGGAAACAAGCAAAUCAUCUCUCAGUUUUACCACAGCCCAGCAGACAAUCGGAGGUAUCUUUUUGUGGACUCUACAAACAACUUUCUGUGGAACACUUUUGACUUUUGCAAGACGGUCCAAGGCUUCUCUCUACCGUUCAAACCCACUGACCUGCUGCUGCACAAUCGGAGGUCCAACCUGGUUCUCGGAUACGACAGCUCCCACCCAAACAAACAGCUCUGGAAAUCGGACGACUUCGGGGAGUCCUGGGUGUUGAUACAGGAGCAUGUUAAGGCCUACUUUUGGGGUGUGGAGCCGUACGACCCACCCACCACGGUGCUGGUCCAAAGGCAUGAGCCCCAGGGUGUCUCCACCGUCCUGAGCAGCACAGACUUCUUCCAGAGCGAACAGAACCGCAGAGUCAUUCUGGAGCAGGUGGACAGCUUCCAGCUCCGAGACAAAUACAUGUUUGCCACUACUGCACGGAAGCUGUUUGGAAGCCAUGAUCCCUCGUCUGUGCAGCUGUGGGUCUCCUAUAACAGGCAGCCCAUGAAAGCUGCAAGGUUUAUGACCCGCCAUCCAAUUACUGAGUACUACAUCGCAGACGCAUCUGAAGACCAGGUGUUUGUGUGUGUGAAUCAUGUGAAUAACGUCACACACCUCUACAUCUCGGACACUCAGGGCCUCUCCUUCUCACUAUCACUGGAAAAUGUGCUUUACUACAGUCCCGAAGGAUCGGGAAGUAACACACUCAUCAAGUACUUUGCAAACGAACCGUUUGCCGACUUGCACAGAGUAGAGGGUCUGCGUGGAGUUUUCAUUGCGACUCUCAUAAACGGUUCCGUCAGUGAGGACAAUAUGAGAUCAGUCAUCACCUUUGACAAAGGAGGGACUUGGGAGCUGCUCCAGCCACCUGCUGCUGACAGCUUAGGAGGCACCGUAGGCUGCCAGCUGAAUAAAGGCUGCUCACUGCACUUGGCCCAGCGCUGGAGUCAGCUGCUCAACAUCCAGCUCAGGAGGAUGCCUAUUCUGUCCAAAGACUCUGCCCCAGGCCUCAUCAUGGCCACAGGAUCUGUCGGCAAAAACCUGGCUAACAAGCCCAAUGUUUAUGUAUCCAGCAGCGCUGGAGCCCGCUGGAAAGAGGCUCUUGCUGGUCCUCACUUCUACACAUGGGGAGACCAUGGAGGGAUUCUGAUGGCCAUUCCACAAGGAGGCUCCUCCACAAAUCUAAAAUUCAGCACAAACGAAGGAGAGACUUGGACUGAUUUUAAAUUCUCAGAUCGAGAGGUGUACAUCUACCAGCUCCUGACUGAACCUGGAGAGAAGAGCACCAUCUUCACCAUCUUUGGCUCCUACGCCGAUCAGCGGCACAGCUGGCUCAUCCUGCAGGUCAACGCCUCCAGCGUCCUGGGCGUCCCAUGUUCAGAGGCGGACUACAAGCGCUGGUCUCCCUCAGAUGAGCAUGGGAAUGAUUGUUUACUGGGCAGAGAGAUCACAUUCAAGAGACGGGCUCCACACGCCACAUGCUUCAAUGGAGAAGACUUUGACAGACCGGUCACCAUCUCCAACUGCUCCUGCACCAGACAAGACUACGAAUGUGACUAUGGUUUCAAACUGAGCGAGGACCUGUCUCUCCAGGUGUGUGUGCCCGACCCAGAGUUUUCGGGCGACCUCUACGCUCCUCCUGUCCCGUGUCCUGUCGGCACCACUUACCGCCGCAGCAAAGGGUACAGAAAGGUGCCUGGUGACAGCUGCAGUGGAGGUGAUGUUGAGGCCCGACUCGAUGGUGAAAUGCUGCCAUGUCCUGUAGGAGAGAGUAAUGAAUUCAUCCUGUACGCUGUGAGGAACUCUAUCCACCGGUACGACCUGGCCACUGGCAGUGACCAGCCGCUGCCACUCUCCGGUCUCAGGGAAGCUGUGGCUCUGGAUUUUGACUACGACCGGAAUUGUCUGUACUGGGCUGACAUGUCUCUGGACACUAUCCAGCGCUUGUGUCUGAACGGUAGCUCGGGGCAGGAAGUGGUCGUUCGAAAAGACCUACAGAACGUGGAGGCCCUGACAUUUGAUCCUGUUAGUCGACUUCUAUACUGGGUUGACGCUGGAGCACAGAAGAUUGAGGUUUCUAACCCCGAUGGCGACAUGAGGCACACUCUGCUAAACUCGUCCAUUCUGGAACAUCCGAGAGCUCUGGUGCUGCUUCCUGGAGAAAGUCUGAUGUUUUGGACAGACUGGGGUGCCCAUGCUGCUGGUGUGUACCGCAGUUUCAUGGAUGGCACUAAUGUGUCGUGCAUCGUGUCUGAGGGUGUGCGCUGGCCUAAUGGCAUCACAGCUGACGACAACUGGCUGUAUUGGACCGAGGCCUACAGCGACCGCAUCGAGAGGGCCGACUUCAGUGGAGCUCAAAGAAGUGUCCUGAUGGAGGGUCUCCCACAUCCAUAUGCCAUAGCAGUCUUCAAAAAUGAUCUUUACUGGGAUGACUGGUCCAGAAUGGGAAUUUUUAAGGCUCCAAAAGGUGGAUCCCAGGGCAAUGAGUUGAUUGUUGGUAGACUUACUGGAGUAAUGGACCUAAAGAUAUUUUACAAAGGCAAACACAGAGGCCAUAAUGCAUGUGCCGACCAGCCGUGCAGUCUGCUCUGUCUGCCUCAGCCUGGACAUCGUCAUACAUGUGUUUGUCCUGACGGCGCACCCACCUUCAUGUUGCCCAAUGGAGAGCUGCAGUGUCAGUGUCCUAAAGGCUACCAGCUCCUCAACAACACCUGCGUCAAGACCGAGCAAAGUUGUUUACCGAACCAGUACCGCUGCUCCAAUGGCCGCUGCAUUAACAGCAUUUGGAAGUGUGACAGUGACAAUGACUGUGGCGACAUGAGUGACGAAAAAGAAUGUCCCACCACCACCUGUGACCCAUCCAACCAGUUCCGAUGCGUGGCCUCAGGGUCCUGUAUCCCUUUGGCUUUUAAGUGCGACCAUGAAGACGACUGUGGAGACAACAGCGAUGAAGAUCGCUGUGAGUCUCACCAGUGUGGUCCAGGAGAGUUCACUUGUGCUCGAGGAGUGUGCAUUCGUGAGGCCUGGAGAUGUGAUGGAGACAACGACUGCAGAGACUGGUCUGAUGAGGCCAACUGCACCGUUGGCCACCAUACAUGUGAAGCCAGCAGUUUCCAGUGCCACACAGGACACUGUAUCCCACAGCGCUGGAAGUGUGACGGGGAUGAUGACUGUCAGGACGGAUCAGAUGAAGAUCCUGAGCACUGUGAGGGGACUAAGUGUAAAGGCUUCCUCUGCUCCAAUGACACCUGCCUCCCAGCGACCGCACACUGUAACGGCAUCCAGGAGUGUUCAGACGGAGCAGACGAACAGAACUGUGAUCCACUGUGCACCCGUUACAUGGAGUUUGUGUGUAAGAACAGAGCCCAGUGCCUGUUUCAGUCUCUGGUCUGCGAUGGGAUCAUACACUGUGAGGACGGAUCAGAUGAGGACUCAGAGUACGCUGGCUGUGCCACGCCUACAGAGUUCGGUAAAGUGUGCGAUGCUUAUACUUUCCAAUGUGGUAACGGGGUCUGUGUGAGCCUGGAGUGGAAGUGUGACGGCAUGGACGACUGCGGAGAUUACUCAGAUGAAGCAAAUUGUGCCGCUCCCACUGAAGUACCAGGAUGUUCCAGGUACUUCCAGUACGAGUGUAAAAAUGGCCGCUGCAUCCCGACAUGGUGGAAGUGCGAUGGAGAGAACGACUGUGGUGACUGGUCUGACGAGGCUCAGUGCACUGGAGGGGUAACUCCACACACGGUGGCCCCGGGACCCUCCACCUGCGCCCCCAACCGCUUCCACUGUGGCUCUGGAGCUUGUAUCAUCAACACGUGGGUUUGUGACGGCUACGCAGACUGUCCUGACGGCAGUGACGAGCUUGGCUGUCCCACAGUGAACGGCUCUGUGACUGUAGCCCCAGUCCCCACACUCGUUCCGCCGCAGCCUCCAUUUCCGGGGCGAUGCACUCGGGGCCAGUUCCUCUGUGUCAAACCUCCAAACUGCAUCCCAGACUGGCAGCGCUGUGACGGACAAGCUCACUGUCAGGACGGCUCUGACGAAGCCCAUUGCCCCACCCGUGGGCCUUUGUUCUGUGUGAAUGGGACUCGUUGUGCGGACGGAGAGGCCUGUGUUCUGGAAGGUGAGAGGUGCGAUGGUUUCCUGGACUGCUCCGAUCACAGUGACGAGGACAACUGCACCCCUGAGAAUCAGGCGUUCAAAGUUCAGAAUCUGCAGUGGACUCCUGACUUUCUCGGUACCGUCACGUUGACCUGGUCCCGGCCGAAAAACCUGCCAUUGGAUUCAUGCAACUUCCUCAUCUCAUACAGGCUAGUGGAAGCUCAGCAGUGGACCGUGAUGGACACUCACAGCAACAAAACCAGCUACAAACUGACAGUGCUGCAGCCGGACAGUACAUAUCAAGUAAAGGUCCUCACCCAGUGUCUCAGCAAACUGCACAAGACUAACGAGAUCAUCACCGUCAGGACGCCAGAGGGCCUGCCUGAUCCUCCCAGGAACCUGCAGCUGUCCUGUGGGAACAGAGAGGACGGGACCGUGGAGGUGUCCUGGAGCCCCCCUGACAAGUCUCAUGGCCUCAUCAGAGAGUAUAUUGUUGAAUAUAGUGAGAGGAGCGGACAGGACUGGACGUCUCAGAGGUGUGUGGUGACAAGCACCGAAGUGAAGGCUCUGCGCUCGGACACUAUGUACAAGUUCAGGGUGGCUGCUUUGACCAGUCGCGGAUUAGGAAACUGGACUGAAGUUAAAUCAAUUACUCCCCAAAAAGCUCUUCCACCUCCCUCAGUGAACGCUGACAUCACAAACGAUUCCAUUAGUUUCUCCUUCAGCUUUAGCUCACAGUACGAGGCAAAGCACUAUGUAGUGGUUUUGUCCUGGCAGUUUGACAGCCACGUGAAGGAGAGCAAAAACUACACCGUACAGGAGAGGAUUCUGAAAGUUCUGAAUCUGACGGCGGGGACUGUGUAUGAGGUGGCAGUGUGGGCUCACACCAGUAUUGGGGACAGUCCGUCUGCUCUGUCCCAUCACCAGACCAGCGGCGAACAACCAGAGCGACCACUGCUCAAGACCCGUGCACUCAACCAGACCUCGGUGGACUGCAGCUGGACCAUUAGCGAUCCACCUGCACAGGUGGUGUACGGUGUGUUCUUUGCCACAUCCUUCCUGGACCUUUACCGCAGUCCUCGUCUUGUGCACUCUGCGUCUCUGAGUCUGACGGUGACAGUGGACAGUGACGAGCAGUACCUCUUUCUGGUGCGUGUGGUGUCUCCGUAUUUUGGGCCUCCGUCAGACUACGGUGUGGUCAAAAUGAUCCCCAACGAGCGUCUCCCUCCCAGGAACCUUCACCGAGUUCGAGUGGACAAGACACAGGCCACACUAAAAUGGCAACCUCCCUAUGACGCCCCCAACACUGCCUUGACGUACGCGAUCCAUGUGCGGGAUGUGGUCCGUAAGGAUGAGCGAGACUAUAAGCUGACAUCCAAAAAUAACACAGUGGAGUAUGUGCUGAAGGGUCUGGAGCCCGGGGGUCGAUACAGCGUCUCUGUGCGACUGCGGAACAUGAGCAAAGAGGCCAGCUUCACUCUCAGCACAGUGCCCCUCUCGGCUCCAGAGGCCUUAAAGAUUUUGACAGAGAAAGACCAUGUAUUCCUGUUCUGGAAAAGUCUUGCGGUCCGAGAAAAGGGCUUCAAUGAGAGCAGGGGAUACGAGGUGCAUGUUUACGACAGUGUGACCAACAAAACCUCGUUCUUGGGAAACACCACAGAGACGUACUUCCGCAUCAGCACCCUCCUCCUGGGGCACAACUACACCUUCUAUGUCCAGGCGCGGUGCCUCGUGAGCGGGCAGCUGUGUGGAGACCCCGCCCUGCUCCUCUACAACGACCUGGCUGCAGGAGCCAAUGAUGCGUCUCGCGGUGUUGAGGCAUCAGGCGGAGACAUGGCGGCGGUGGUGGUGCCUGUGUUGUUCCUUCUGCUGCUGGUCGUGUGCGGAGGCCUCGUGGCUCUUUACUUCAGACACCGCCGCCUCCAAAACAGCUUCACCGCCUUCGCAAACUCACACUACAACUCACGCUUAGGCUCCGCAAUCUUUUCCUCCGGGGAUGAACUGGACAUUUCCAUUCUUUCAGGUGAUGAUGAUGAAGAUGCUCCGAUGAUUAGUGGCUUCUCAGACGAUGUUCCCAUGGUGAUCGCGUAG